AUGGCUCCGUCUGCCAAUCAGUCCAACAGUAACGGCGCAUCAUCGGAGCCUCAGAACAACUUAGCCGUUAAUCCUCUCUUAUCUCGAAUACGAGUUUCUAAUCAGUAUUUGUUUCAGCAACAAAUUCAAAGCCGACUUAUUAGCAAUGGAACAAAUCCAACCCGUGAAGAUAACUUUAGACUUUUGGGCACCCAAUGGAUAGGGGAUGUUCGGAAUUCUCUCCAGCUGCCUGUCCGUACCUAUUGUACCGCCGCAACUUACUACCACAAAUUUCGACUUGUACACAAAGAUAACGAAUACCAAUAUCAAGAUGCUGCGGCUGGCGCGCUCUUAACCGCUUGCAAAAUAGAAGAUACCCUAAAAAAGUCGAGAGAGAUUUUAUGCGCCGCGCACAAUCUUAAAGUUUCACCUUCUGAGCAUCUAACUUCUGAUGAUAGUAUGUUUGAGGGUCUUUCGAAAGUUAUUAUUGGACUUGAACGUCUCAUGUUGGAAGCCUCUGGCUUUGACUUUCGUGUGAGAAAGCCGCAGAAACAUCUUGUGAAAAUAGCGAAAGAAGCUAAGCUUAGCAAAGCUACAUAUCUUGUUGCCUAUGAUAUCAUGAUUGACUUGUAUCGUACUUUUGCUCCCCUGAAGCAGACUAGUGCUACGAUGUGCUUUGCAUGCCUUGAGCUUGCGGUUCUUGUCAUGAAUCCGAAAGGUGUCCCAAUUAGAAGCAGUAAGCUACGUUAUCUAUACGAAAGAUGCUCUUCAACUAGACCAGAAAUAUUGGAAACGUUAUUGGAUUUACUAGACCUAUAUACCCAUUUUCAAAAAUCAUCUAUCGUUGGGCCACUUCACAAUAUCGACCGUUUUAUUCAGAUUCGUAUCGCCCUCAAUCAAGAAGUUGAGCAAACUUCCUCCAAAAACCGCUACACAGAGUUCCAUGGGCCGCCCAAAAUUAACAAUUUCAAAAAGACACCUAUCACUCCAAGAACACCUUCAAGCCCCUCUGAAGUACGCAAAAAUGGAAAUAUAGUUUCACCUGUGACACUUAGUCCUACAUCAGCCGACUCUAGUAGACGCAAUGCGGCGGCUCGUACUCAGGAUGGAACAAUACGUUUCAUACUAGACGCUGAACAGGCAAAGAGAGAGCAAGAGAAAGUAUCCGAAUAUUUCAAGACUCAAUAUGAAGAAUAUGAAAUUGAAGUAGAGGAAACAGUUCGGCCUCAGCGAGAUGACCGAGUAGAACGUAGUCAACAUCGCGGACGUGAUGAAAGAUACAAUAGUCGUAGUUUUAGCAAGCGUGCUCGGCGUUGA